AAAAAAAUGGAUGGAUCAAAGCAUCCAUCGGUGUUUCAGAAGCUGCAUGGACAAUCAACCUUGAGAUAUAGACUCUCUCCGAGCGAGAAAACUCGUAAUCAAGGUGUCUCUGGUGUUUAUGUCAAUGGAGGAUUGCAGAGUCUACUGCAGUCAAGUGAUCAUGGCAUUGGCUCUUCUCUUCUUCUACCACAUGGUGGUUCAUUGCCCGUUUCUGCUCAAGCCCCUAGUGAGAAAACUGGUACUGGUUUCUUGAUCGAUUUCCUCAUGGGAGGAGUCUCCGCUGCUGUUUCAAAGACUGCGGCAGCGCCCAUAGAGCGUGUGAAGCUCUUGAUUCAGAACCAAGAUGAGAUGAUCAAAUCCGGGCGUCUCUCUGAGCCGUACAAAGGUAUCAGUGAUUGUUUUGGCCGGACAGUCAAAGACGAAGGCGUGAUUUCUCUUUGGAGAGGCAACACGGCCAAUGUUCUCAGAUACUUCCCCACUCAGGCGUUGAACUUUGCGUUCAAAGAUUACUUCAAGAGGCUGUUCAACUUCAAGAAAGACAAAGAUGGGUAUUGGAAGUGGUUUGCAGGGAACUUGGCCUCUGGUGGUGCAGCUGGUGCCUCGUCUCUGCUUUUCGUCUACUCUUUGGAUUACGCUCGUACACGUUUGGCCAACGACGCGAAAGCGGCCAAGAAAGGUGGUCAGAGACAGUUUAGUGGCAUGGUCGACGUGUACAAGAAGACCAUAGCCUCUGAUGGCAUUUCCGGGCUGUACCGUGGUUUCAACAUCUCAUGCGUUGGGAUCAUCGUGUACCGUGGCCUCUACUUUGGCUUGUAUGACUCCUUGAAGCCUGUGGUUCUAGUCGAUGGUCUCCAGGAUAAUUUCUUUGCGAGUUUCUUGCUGGGAUGGGGAAUCACCAUUGGAGCUGGACUGGCAUCUUACCCGAUCGACACGGUGCGUAGAAGAAUGAUGAUGACAUCAGGUGAAGCGGUGAAGUACAACAGUUCUCUUCAGGCUUUUACUCAGAUUGUCAAGAAGGAAGGGCCCAAGUCACUUUUCAAGGGUGCAGGUGCCAACAUCCUCCGUGCGGUCGCAGGCGCCGGUGUGCUCGCUGGCUAUGACAAGCUCCAGCUCAUUGUGUUGGGAAAGAAAUAUGGCUCCGGUAGUGGAUAA